GCGGAGGGAUAAACGCGCAAGCUAGAAUAUGAUAAGUACGCCUAUGUUAUUCAAGGGAAUAGCAUGUUAAUGAUGAAACCGAGAGGUUUCAGCAAAGUGUCUAAUAAAGGAGGCGUAACGGGUACAAACCUGCGCAUUAUAAUAUGCCCCGCUCCGCCCUAUAAGCAGUGGAGCGUCCGGGGGGCGUGGCUAGCGCUUGUAUAAUUCAAGCAAGUUCACGUUAUAAAAUGCCUAAGUCACCUUCCCUCGGUCUUGCUUUAUAAUGAUAGACUAUGACGAGGCCACCUCGUUCCUGGGCGAAUGGGGCCGCUAUCAGUUUCUCAUUUUCUUCUUGCUCAGCGCCAGCAUCAUCCCCAAUGGCUUCAAUGGAAUGUCUGUCAUGUUCCUGGCGGCCACCCCCAAGCACCGGUGCCACAUACCGGCCGGCGCCAACCUGAGCGAGGCUUGGAGGAACGUGAGCAUCCCCCCAGGACAGGACAGUCAGUGCCGCAGAUACCGGCUGGAGACUCUGAGCAACUACUCGGCUCUGGGGCUGCUCCCCGGGCGGGAUGUGGAUGUGACUGGGAUAGAGCAAGAGCCCUGUCUGGAUGGCUGGGACUACAGCAAAUCCCUUUACCUCUCAACUAUAGUCACUGAGUGGGAUAUUGUAUGUGAAAAUGACUGGAAGGGACCAUUAACAACAUCAUUAUUUUUUGUCGGAGUGCUUCUUGGCUCGUUUGUUUCUGGUCAACUAUCAGACGGUUUUGGAAGAAAGAAGAUUCUGUUUGUGACCAUGGCUAUACAGACUGGCUUCAGCAUUGUACAGGUCUUCUCUACUAGCUGGGAAAUGUUUUCCAUUCUCUUCCUUAUUGUUGGCAUGGGCCAGAUUUCCAACUAUGUUGCAGCUUUCAUAUUAGGGAAUGAAAUUCUUGGAAAGUCUGCUAGAAUCCUCUAUUCUACAAUGGGGACAUGCAUAUUUUUUGCAAUUGGCUACAUGAUGUUGCCAUUGUUUGCUUACUUCAUCAGAGACUGGAGAACCCUCUUACUGGCUCUUACUAUUCCUGGUCUGUUCUGUAUUCCACUGUGGUGGAUUAUACCCGAGUCUCCUCAGUGGCUCAUCUGUAAGGGCCGGAUAGAGGAAGCUGAAGACAUCAUCCGAAAAGCAGCAAAGAUAAACCGAGUCCCGGCCCCUGCUGUCAUAUUUAAAACAUCUGAACUGGAAGAUUCUACAGAACGGCAGAGGAAACGCUACACUCUCUUGGAUCUUGUGAAGACCUUUAACAUUCGCAUCAUCACAGCAAUGACCAUAUUGCUUUGGUUGAUCACAUCCAUUGGAUAUUUUGGUAUUUCACUUAACACCCCUAAUUUACAUGGAGAUCCAUACUUAAAUUGCUUUCUUCUUGCUGCCAUUGAAGUCCCAUCGAACAUUUUUGCUUGGUUACUUUUAAAAUACAUACCAAGACGUUAUUCAAUGUGCGGUUCCUUGCUGCUGGGUGGGGUUGUCCUUCUUCUCAUUCAGCUGGUCCCUCUAGAUCUUCAGAUCUUGUCUACUGUCCUGGUUAUGGUGGGGAAGUUUGGGGUAACCGCAGCUUUUUCCAUGGUGUAUGUAUACACAGCUGAACUUUACCCUACAGUAAUUAGAAACACGGGUGUUGGAAUUGGAUCAGUGUCUUCCCGAAUAGGAAGCGUCCUUUCUCCAUACUUUGUCUACCUUGGUAAGUUUCAAAAUGUUGUGCCACACACAUCAACACACACAACAAAACACAAAAACCAAUUGUACAACCAUUCUUGGGUACAUUCCCCAACCUUUUUUACUUGUGAGCCACAUUCAAUUGUAAAAAGUGUUGGGGAGCAACACAAACAUGAAGAAAGUCACUGGAGAUGCCAAAUAAUGGCUGUGAUUAGCUAUUUGGUAGACCCUGUGGGGACUGGCAGCCUACAGGAGGCUCUGUUUGGCAGUACCCCUAGUUUUUUAUUCAAUUAAAACUUGCCUCCAAUCCAGGAAUUCCAAAAUAAGUCUGGUUUGAGGCCAUUGGGAACAACAUCUAAGAGGUUGAUGAGCAACAUGUUACCCCUAAGCCACAGGUUGGGGAUCACUGCCCCAAAGGGUUUGAUAGGUGCUGCAUUGCAUCUCUGGUUUCCUAGGUUCGAUUCCAGCCUGGAAACUGCAUGGACGUUUGAGUUUGUAGAAAAUGUACAGGCAGGCUGAUGAAGAAAGUUAAUCCUAAUUCAUGUUGUAUUUAUUCACAGCCUAUACCCAUCUUAAAAUGAUGAACAAUCUCUGUGUUGUGUUGCUUCAACCUGCUGGUUAAAGCACACCUGACUGUUGGUAGUUAUCAAACUACUUGUAUAAUAUAAUAUAUACGUUUAUUUAUAUCAUUUAUUUGUAUUUUUGUUUGUUUUCCAUAGGUGCAUACAAUAGAUUGCUGCCUUAUAUUCUAAUGGGAAGUCUGACUGUGGCAAAUGGAAUCCUAGUCUUAUUCUUUCCGGAAACCCUUGGGAAACCUCUGCCAGAAACUGUUGAGCAGGCACAAAAAAUCAAAGGGUUAUGCUGCAGAAGAAAGAUACACAGAGAUGCCAGUGUAUGCCCAGUAGAAAUGAAAAGCAAUAUUUUGAUGAGUACAAAGCUAUGAUGAAAAUAAUCAUCUAGUCAUCAUGUGGAGGACUGAAACAUUCAAAAAAGGUUUCUUUAAAAGGGCUUGAAAGAAUCCUCAACUGUGGCCUAAGGAACAGAACGGAGAACACUUGAAUUUUCGCCAUAUUUUUUUGUCAUUUAAGCGGAUCCUCUUGCAGGCUGAGAGCAGCGGAGCCUGCGCUCCAUGUGCCUUUGCCCUAAGAACUAGAAGACCCAUCUUGAAUAGAGAACUUAAGAAGUCAGAUACCUCCUAAUGAAGAGCUUUACACUACCUAUAAAAAAUAUUUAUCACCUUGGAAGUGUUCAUGUUUUAAUGUGCUGGAACAUGGACUCACGGUGGAUUUAGGUUUGACCAUUUUUCUGUCAAAGUGAAAUAAGAGUAGUAAUUUAAAUUAAUUAUAAUGAAUACAGCACCCCAAAUAACUGAUGGCAUAAGUAUCCAGUCAGUAUUUAGUAGAUGCACCUUUGGCAGCAAUUCCAGCCUUUCGUCUGUGUGGAAAAGUCUUGUCAGCAAUGGAACCAUCUUCCAGCUCAUGUCACUUGCCUUCUGGUAAAUUGUAGGUGAAGUGCAAUGUCAGUUUUAGCUAAUAGGAGCAAUCUUUUUGUCACUCCUGUGACUGGUGAAGCACAUUGGCAACUGUUAUUAUAUGAAAAGUCUCUCCAAUCUUGAGUCUUGAAACUCCUUUAGAGUUGCCAUAGGUCUCUGAAUGGCCUCCCUCACCAGUCUCCCUUUUUCCACAGUCAAUUACUUUUGGUGAGCGGCUGUUCUUGGCUGAUUUACAUCUAUGCCAUAACAAUUUCGUAAUGAUUCAUAAAACUUUACUCCAAGGCAUACAGUGGUGUGAAAAACUAUUUGCCCCCUUCCUGAUUUCUUAUUCUUUUGCAUGUUUGUCACACAAAAUGUUUCUGAUCAUCAAACACAUUUAACUAUUAGUCAAAGAUAACACAAGUAAACACAAAAUGCAGUUUUUAAAUGAGGGUUUUUAUUAUUUAGGGAGAAAAGAAAUCCAAACCUGUGUGAAAAAGUAAUUGCCCCCUGAAUCUAAUAACUGGUUGGGCCACCCUUAGCAGCAAUAACUGCAAUCAAGCGUUUGCGAUAACUUGCAACGAGUCUUUUACAGCGCUCUGGAGGAAUUUUGGCCCACUCAUCUUUGCAGAAUUGUUGUAAUUCAGCUUUAUUUGAGGGUUUUCUAGCAUGAACCGCCUUUUUAAGGUCAUGCCACAACAUCUCAAUAGGAUUCAGGUCAGGACUUUGACUAGGCCACUCCAAAGUCUUCAUUUUGUUUUUCUUCAGCCAUUCAGAUGUGGAUUUGCUGGUGUGUUUUGGGUCAUUGUCCUGCUGCAGCAACCAAGAUCGCUUCAGCUUGAGUUGACGAACAGAUGGCCGGACAUUCUCCUUCAGGAUUUUUUGGUAGACAGUAGAAUUCAUGGUUCCAUCUAUCACAGCAAGUCUUCCAGGUCCUGAAGCAGCAAAACAACCCCAGACCAUCACACUACCACCACCAUAUUUUACUGUUGGUAUGAUGUUCUUUUUCUGAAAUGCUGUUACUUUUACGCCAGAUGUAACGGGACGCGCACCUUCCAAAAAGUUCAACUUUUGUCUCGUCGGUCCACAAGGUAUUUUCCCAAAAGUCUUGGCAAUCAUUGAGAUGUUUUUUAGCAAAAUUGAGACGAGCCUUAAUGUUCUUUUUGCUUAAAAGUGGUUUGCGCCUUGGAAAUCUGCCAUGCAGGCCGUUUUUGCCAAGUCUCUUUCUUAUGGUGGAGUCGUGAACACUGACCUUAAUUGAGGCAAGUGAGGCCUGCAGUUCUUUAGAUGUUGUCCUGGGGUCUUUUGUGGCCUCUCGGAUGAGUUGUCUCUGCGCUCUUGGGGUCAUUUUGGUCGGCCGGCCACUCCUGGGAAGGUUCACCACUGUUCCAUGUUUUUGCCAUUUGUGGAUAAUGGCUCUCACUGUGGUUCGCUGGAGUCCCAAAGCUUUAGAAAUGGCUUUAUAACCUUUGAAAUUGAACUCAGGUGUGAUAAACCACAGUUAAGUUAUUUUUUAACAAGGGGGCAAUCACUUUUUCACACAGGCCCAUGUAGAUUUGGAGUUUUUUUUCUCCCUUAAUAACGUAAACCUUCAUUUAAAAACUGCAUUUUGUGUUCAAUUAUGUUAUCUUUGACUAAUAGUUAAUGGUUUUUGAUGAGCAGAAACAUUUAAGUGUGACAAACAUGCAAAAGAAUAAGAAAUCAGGAAGGGAGCAAAUAGUUUUUCAGACCACUGUAUACAAUGACUUGGACAUUUCCUUUUAUCCACGUGUUUAUACUCCAAUUACUUGAAACCCUUUGACUACAUACAGGUAAACUCCAUUAAACUAAUUAUGUGACAAUUAAAAUUGGUUGCAUCAGUGAUGAUUUUGGUGUGUUAUAUUAAUAGGGGGAGGGGGUUAUAUUGUUUUGUGGGUUUUUUCCAUUGUGAAUAAUUUAACUUGCUAUGCAAAGAUCUCAUUGAAUUUUGACAAAAGUAUUUCCAUUGAUCAAAUAUGAGACCCAGAGACCUUAUGGUGAUAUUUGCAUACAGCUUGCCAUGAUUUUCUAUAUUUAUUUAUGGGGGUAAUUGUAAUACCUGAGGCAAAGUUUGCUUCACCCAGUAACUCUUAGCAACCAAUAAGCAGUUGGCAUUUACUGUUCUAAUUAAAGAAAGUCAGACAUCUAUUGAUUGCUGUGGCUUACCCCAUAUUUAUUCUUAAUAUCCUUUUAGUGUUUUAAUGGAAAUGUAGAUUUUUUUAAUAAAAUGGAAACUAAAUGAAAAAAGUUUAUAUAUUGUAAAUUACGAAAUUUGUAAUACUUUUUUUAAAAAUAUUGUUAAUAAAACAUUCAAUUUAUAUUUGAAA